CAAUACUAGGCACAAUUUAGAGUUGAGAGCUUUCUCAGCGACCACUCAAGAUGUUUGAGCACACGCUGAGCCACAAGGCGUCUCAGGAGACGUUCAUAUCUCUCAUGCAGCUUGACCCGUCACCUAUGGAGAGUCCCUAUACUGAGAAGGACCUCCCACCACUACCCGAGGACCUGGACUCUUCGACGGAAAGGCUCAAAUCGCAAGAUACUUCGCCCAACUCUUCCUCAUAUCUCUUGGGUCUCAGCGGCAGCGGCCGUGGGCCCGUGUACUACCUAACCCGCAUACAACGCUACUCAAGCUACACCUUCACCUUCUUCGCCGGCCUACACUUCACCAGCACCUCCCUAAUACCCCUGCUCUACCAAUCCGUCCCGUACUCCGAACCUUUCCUCCUCAUGGCCCGCGAACUCUACCAAACGCCCCUCACCGAGCCGCUCCUUGUCGCCCUCCCCGUCGCCGCACACGUCGCAUCCGGUAUCGCCUUGCGCCUGACCCGCCGAUCGCAGAACCUCACACGCUAUGGCGGCGCUACGCCGGGGAUGUACGCUCUGCACCGUUCCAAAACUUCUUCGACUUCUAGCUCCAAGGCGGGGUCCAGGAUAUGGCCGCUGCUCAGCUACACCGCCGCAAGUGGAUACUUCUUCGUGGUGGUGCUAGCGUCGCAUGUGGGGAUGAACCGGGUGCUGCCUCUGCUUGCGGAGGGAGAUAGUUCGAAUAUCGGCCUACAAUUUGUUUCACACGCGUUCGCGCGCCAUGAAGUCAUACCUUGGAUUGCGUAUACCUUGUUGCUUGGGGUCGGGGUCGGACAUAUGGUUUGGGGAUGGGCGAAGUGGUGGAAUGUUGCGCCGCCGAUGAACUGGAGGAGGACAACGAUGGAUAAAAGACUGAGGAAGAGAAGGAGUAGGAUGUGGUGGGGGAUUAAUGGCUCGAUGGCUUUGGUUGUGGGAGUGUGGGCUGCUGGCGGUCUGGGGGUUGUUGCGAGAGCUGGGGCAGCCGGCGGUUGGUUGGGGAGUGUAUAUGAUGCUGUAUACGCUCGCUGGGGGCAAUAGACCGCAUUAUGUACAUGAAUAACGCGCUUAUGUAUCACAUGGGAUAUGCCUGGGAAUGAUUAGAUAGAGGUCAAAGGUAGCAUGGAAAAGCAUAGCGGGCGCCGAGAGUCGGGGAGGGCAUGUUUGCAUUUGUUACGCAGGUCCGUUUCGCGCUUCCGGGAAACAUUCUCCUCACCUCGAACAUACAAACAUUGUUUUUGUGCUCAAGUAUUCUUUCCAAG